AAGUCAUACAGUCAAGGCCACACUACUGCUGCUGCACAUCGCACGAGAUCUUGAUGGUUAUAUUUUAUAUUCGGUUUAGUUUAAAUGUAGUUCAGUGCAUAGAAGUGAGUGCGACGAAUGUUGGCAACUGAAAUAUGCAUGAUAGUUGUAAGCUGCUACUGUACACUGAUUCAUGUAUCUUAGGGAGAAAACAUUGAGGCAAGCACCGGUGUAGUGCGAAUGUGAAGAUAGCGAAGACGAUCGAGCAAAACAGUGAACGGUCGAAUGAAAGUGAAAAAGAAGAAACCAAACGUUUAUCCGUCCAUCAUACGCAGCAAAUGCUAGGAGCUUAGGUGGCUGGUGUCGCUGAGCCGGACCGUGUGCGGUUCAUCCGUCGUGUUGCAGUGUGGUGAAGGCGGAUGCGGACCAAACUGAUGUUAAAUAAUGUUCCCCGAGCUAACGUCGUGCCUUGCCGAGAGCAGAAGAAAGUGAAAUGAGAUUAUGAAUCGUGUAAACAUGGACCAGGGCAAUAACGCGUAAGUGAAACGUUGAGUGAAAGAUAAAGAAGUAAAAAAAAGCACACUCAUUCAGUUUGCAAAGGCGCAGAUUACUACAGCUGGUGAACUGUUUGCAGGUGUUGUUGAAUAUAAAUACACGCAUGUUUUAGACGAACGGUGCUCCGAGAAAACAUUAAAGAGGAGUAAACAGCGUGUGAACUGAAGUGGAACGUGAUUUUAUUCUCUCAACAAUGUACACCAAAAUGAUUGCUCCUGCGAGAAGCAGAUUUCUCGUUGGAUCUAUAGUAACCGCAUUAGUUCUUGCUGGAUAUGUAGCCGAAGCAAAGGGAAGCACACACUGGAAUGAUACGGAAAUUAUUAGCCGACAAGGACGGUUUCUGUUUGACACAUUGUUUGGACUAAACACGGCUGCAUUUUCACUUGACGAUGAUGACGACCUGACCAACAAUCAGGUGAAGAGCUGUGACUGUGAAUGUGGAGCAGCUAAUCAAGAAAUUCGAAUUGUAGGAGGACGGCCCACUGGAGUGAAUCAAUAUCCUUGGCUGGCACGCCUAGUUUACGACGGUCAGUUUCAUUGUGGAGCAUCACUUCUCACAAAAGAUUACGUUUUAACUGCGGCACAUUGUGUUCGAAGACUCAAGCGCAACAAGAUCCGUGUUAUUCUGGGUGAUUACGAUCAAUUCGUAGCUUCUGAGACUCCUGCAAUAAUGCGGGCAGUCACCGCAAUCAUCAGGCACCGGAGCUUCGAUCAAAACUCCUACAAUCACGACAUCGCGCUUCUGAAGCUGCGCAAGCCUGUGGAGUUCACCAAAACCAUACGUCCGGUUUGUUUACCCAAGGAACGCAGUGAGCCGGCUGGUCAGUUGGGCACAGUUGUGGGCUGGGGACGAACUUCGGAAGGUGGCACACUUCCAGCGUUGGUCCAACACGUGGAUGUACCGAUCUUGACACUCGACCAGUGUCGAAGCAUGAAAUAUCGUGCAUCUCGUAUAACGUCGAAUAUGUUAUGCGCCGGUAAAGGCAAACAGGACUCAUGCCAAGGUGACUCCGGUGGGCCUCUGCUAGUACGAAAUGGUGAUAAGCACGAAAUUGUUGGGAUUGUGUCAUGGGGCGUUGGAUGCGGCCGGGCCGGCUACCCUGGAGUGUACACCCGUGUGGCGCGUUACUUGCCCUGGCUGCGUGCAAAUCUGGACGAUACUUGUCUCUGCUCGAAGUGCUGUAGUGUUGGCGAAGCUUUGCGGAAGCCGGAACAAAAGAAACCCAACCAAAGUUUAAGUGAACUUCUGCCGGCAGUGGAAAGAAUUGACGUGAGAACAAGCGUGCGAAGAAAAUUGUUAAAAUUAGAACGAAUAGCGAGCUGUGAGUUGCGGAUAACGCUGAAUACGAAGAGAAUGGAAGUGAGCAAUUUAGCACGGAGCAUAAUCAAUUUGCGCAUUAACAUGAUGCUGGAGGUUCCGCUGUUGAUGCUGCUGAUGGUGGGGCUCUUGGCAGGUGAUGCGUCCGGGAAGCUGCAAGCUCAGGGCAAAUAUGAGAUGCUAGCGACACCGAACAAGAAUACGGACGAGCGGAGCAUUGUCGACAAUAUGAAGAUGAUAUUUGGUGGGGGCAGUAACCGUGCUCCAAUCCAUGAUACACCCUCCAGUGCUUGUAGCUGCCGAUGUGGCGAGCGGAACGAUGCCUCGAGGAUCGUUGGCGGCCAGGCGACCGGCGUGAACGAGUUUCCCUGGAUGGCGCGAUUAAGUUACUUCAAUCGGUUCUACUGUGGCGGCAUGCUCAUCAACGACCGAUACGUUCUUACGGCGGCGCAUUGCGUUAAAGGCUUUAUGUGGUUCAUGAUCAAGGUAACGUUCGGUGAGCAUAACCGGUGCGACGACUCUGUGCGCCCGGAAACACGCUUCGUGCUGAGAGCGAUCGCGCAGAAGUUCAGCUUCUUAAACUUCGACAACGACAUCGCACUGUUACGGCUGAACGACCGCGUGCCCAUAACGGACUUCAUUCGCCCGAUCUGCCUGCCAUCCGAUCCAAGUAACGCGUACGUCGGCACAAAUGGAACGGCCACCGGCUGGGGCACGCUGAAGGAGGACGGCAAACCGUCCUGCAUCCUGCAGGAGGUGGAAGUGCCCGUCCUCUCGAACGAGGUGUGCAGUACACAAACCAACUACACGGCAUCCAUGAUCACGGACAACAUGCUGUGCGCCGGCUAUCUGGGUGUGGGCGAGAAAGACUCGUGCCAGGGAGAUUCCGGUGGUCCGCUGAUCGCGGAACGAGAGGACAAACGCUACGAGCUGAUCGGGGUGGUGUCGUGGGGCAAUGGUUGCGCCCGGCCCUACUAUCCCGGCGUGUACACGCGGGUGACACGCUACCUCGACUGGAUACGCGAGAACUCCAAGGACGGAUGCUUCUGCAGCGAGUGAGCCAAACCUGCCUGCACCAGGGAUGCAAAGUCGGUCGUAACGGUGUGUGAUGUGAUGGAAUCGAGCCGGUUGGCGAAAAGUGGUAGAAAAUAAGAUCAAGCUCUAGGAAGUAUAACGCGAUAAUUAAUCUAUCUAGCAUGUAGGACAGUCCGAACCACGGCGAACGGUGCUGGACAAUGCAUACUGCAGUCGACCGGUCGCCGUUUCUUUCCCUUCUGCCCUACAGCAAAGUCACCUACACACGGGGGCCGGCGGAGCGCCCUAGAGAAACCGUAACGUAACCCGCACUGCCAUGGUUUCCUCGUUGGCCGAUUUAGUUUCUCCACUGCGUCACUGAAGAUACCGUUAAACUGGCCGUGGCCGGAAUUUUAAAACGGUAGACAUUAAUAAACAAUGUGAAGAUAAGCGGCGAAAAAAACAAGAUGCCUCGAAAACGUUACAAAAAGCCUCAUCCGCGACGGCGCGAUGUACGUUCACCAUAUUCCGCUUUCGUUGAUGUCGGAGCUUUGGCGCGUACAAGAAGCCAUCAUCACAGCUUUUUUUGUGCAUUCUAGUGCAAGAGUUCGCACAUAAGCGCUCAUUUUCCCACCGCUGGCCAUUCGAAAGUGGGGGACAAACUUAUUUUAUGAAUAGAACCGGCGCUAGCUCAGCGAUGAUUGGUGGUAGUCGGUCUUGCGUAGAUAGCGUGAUACAUUCAUUCAUUGGCACUUUCUUUAAUUCGAUUUAAAUUAAGAUUCAGCUCGCGUUUCCAUCCCUUGUGUGAGUGGCUAAUGGCAACAUGGGCAACAAUAUACUGUGAAUAUACUGAAAUUCUUUUCCUUAGCUGAGCUGAAUUACUUCGCUCCGUUACACAUUUUCUACUACUUCAGAAUGACGUACAUCACAAAGGUGGCUUCUGAUGAAUAUAUGCCGUUACGAUAUCGGUGGCACAACGGUGUACGGUGUAUUUUUAAAGUUAACUAUAAUAUAAAUUAAUGUUAUUGAAGGUAUGAAACAAUCUUCGACAAAUAAGUGUAAAGUAAUAAAAUAUAAUAUUUUAUCUCGAUGUAA